AGUCAUUUAACAUGUGAAACCACUUCAUGAUUCUUCAUUAAACUAAGUAAUUACAAUGAGAUAAACUCCUAGAUAGCCUCAAAAUUAAAUAAUAUGCAUUGUUCCAUUGAUGGUUCGACUCCGGAUCUCUGCCAUUCAUCAAAUUUUCCCUCCCAGCGCCCACAAUUACAAUUCAAAUCUCAAUUUUCUCUCCAGAAAGCAUCAAUUCCUUUCCCUUCUCAACCUCUGUUCCUCAACGAAUCACCUAUUUGAAAUCCACGCUCAAAUCCUCGUCUCUGGCCUCCAAAAUGACCCAUUUCUCUCCACUGAACUCCUCCGCAUCGCUGCACUAUCGCCCUCCAGAAACCUCAGUUAUGGACGCUCUCUCCUCUUCCAUUGCCACUUUCAUUCCGCCCCUUUGCCAUGGAAUCUCAUCAUCAGGGGAUAUGCCUCGAGCGAUUCUCCACAAGAGGCCAUUUGGGUAUUUGGGGAAAUGCGAAGACGUGGAAUCAGACCCAAUAACCUCACUUUCCCAUUCCUUCUCAAGGCCUGUGCGACGCUCGCAACUCUCCAAGAAGGUAAGCAGUUUCAUGCUGUUGCCAUAAAGUGUGGUUUAGAUUUAGAUGUUUAUGUUCGGAACACUCUGAUUAAUUUCUAUGGGUCCUGCAAAAGAAUGUCUGGUGCCCGGAAGGUGUUCGACGAAAUGUCUGAAAGAACUUUAGUUUCAUGGAAUGCGGUUAUUACAGCAUGUGUUGAGAAUUUUUGCUUUGAUGAAGCGAUUGACUUCUUUUUGAAAAUGGGAAAACAUGGUUUUGAGCCGGAUGAGACUACAAUGGUGGUUAUAUUAUCAGCUUGUGCAGAGCUUGGUAACUUGAGCUUAGGCAGAUGGGUUCAUUCUCAAGUGGUGGGAAGAGGGAUGGUUUUGAAUGUUCAAUUGGGCACUGCCUUUAUCGAUAUGUAUGCAAAAUCUGGCGAUGUGGGAUGUGCUAGGCUUGUAUUUAAUUGUUUGAAACAGAGAAGCGUAUGGACAUGGAGUGCAAUGAUUUUGGGGCUAGCCCAACAUGGAUAUGCCAAUGAAGCCAUUGAACUUUUCACACAUAUGAUGAGCUCCUCUGUAGUCCCUAACUAUGUGACUUUCAUUGGUGUCCUAUGUGCCUGCAGCCAUGCCAGAUUGGUGGAUAAAAGCUACCACUACUUCAACAUUAUGGAGAGAGUUUAUGGGAUUAAGCCGAUGAUGAUACAUUAUGGGUCAAUGGUGGAUGUUUUAGGCCGUGCAGGUCAAGUCAAGGAAGCUUAUGAGCUCAUCAUGAGCAUGCCUAUGGAACCUGAUCCUAUUGUGUGGAGGACAUUGCUGAGUGCAUGCACUGGUCGCGACGUUGAUGGCGGAGCUCAGGUUGCAGAGGAGGCAAGGAAGAGGCUGCUUGAGCUCGAGCCAAAGAGGGGCGGGAAUGUGGUGAUGGUUGCAAACAAGUUUGCUGAAGUUGGGAUGUGGAAGCAGGCAGCAGAUUGCCGUAGGGCGAUGAAAGAUAGAGGAAUAAAAAAGAUGGCUGGGGAGAGUUGCAUCGAACUGGGUGGCUCUUUGCGUAAAUUCUUUUCAGGAUUUGAUGCUUGGGCUGCUUCUGAUGGCAUUUACGAUUUGCUUGAUGGAUUGAACCUGCAUAUGCAAAUGGGAUGUGAAGAGCUUUUGCUCAAAGGAUCUUUUAGGGUUUCUGGAUUUGGCCUUUCUUGCUCUGGUAUGAAGCUCCUUUUAUAGGUGUGAGAAUGUGUGGUUGUUUCUGCAAUUGAAAGAGCAAGUCUGCCUAAACUCACUCUUUAGUCAAACUUGGGAGUAGUUGGCAUGAAAAGUUUGUCUUUUGUGACAUGCCAGAAGUUCACAAACUCAAUUUGCUGUUGCAACCUACUAGCAAUGUAUUUUGCUUUCAGUAGCUUUCUGGACAAGAAUACACAAGCAUACAAACCUUCUAGAAUCUAUUAUUUUACUACAAAUUGAGCAUAUUUAGCUAAACAUGUUUGUAGGAUGUGGAAUAGAUUUUUAGUUCUUACCUUAUUCUGGUUUAAUUUCUCAUCAUGGUAGGAUGUGGAAUAGAUCGAUCACAAAUUGGUAUAAAAAGACGUUAAAAGGUUCAAGAAUUAAGCUUUAUUUGGACUAAACAACUCUUGAAACCAAAAGUUAUCACACCUUCCAAGCUUCGCUUAAUCAUUGUUCACAAGCAAUUAAACCCAAAAAAGCAAGAAUAAAAAAUUUUAGGUAGUUGCAUUGUGGCAAUAAUUAAGUAUGUAGUAACAUUUUUAAACAAUUUUAAAUAUAACAAAAUUU